AAGAGCAUUAACACACACUUUUAUUGUUAUGAAACGCAUAGAAAGAGUUUUUAGCUAACUCAAAUAUUGUUAAGUUUACUAAAAUGCCAUUAUACUUGGUUCUAACUAUUUUUCAGACAUUCUGUAUUAUUUUGAUCUACCUAGCCGCCCAUCUGAAGAGGGUUACUCUUUAAAUUUAUUCAGCUUUCCAUUACAGUUCAAAAGCUGUGUUUAAUGUUAAGUUGAAAACUUCCCAAUGAGAGUUUUGAUAUUAGUAAUUAUUUUAAUACUUUUUAAAUUUAAUAUCCUGUCAUUUGCCUUGUUUCAAACUACUGACUUUUUUGCAGCUGUGUGUAUGAGGUGCUAUUACCCCGCACCUGCAGCUUCAAUUAAGUUUAUGCUUGUAAUACUUUACAACUUGCAGCCAUUCUAUUUUCUGGUAUGUGUUACUUUAGCCUUUAUUGGUACAGUCAUGUGAGAACCAUUUCUCACACACAGUAGGCCCAGUCAGGUGACAAAAUAGGUGGAGUUUUCCCAACUCGUUCAUUUGCAAUGGAGAUAGUUUAGCAGCACGUUUUAUCACAUGUCCGCUGUUGGACCGGUUUGCUUUGAGGAUGGCUCUGCUUAUUCAUCCCGGUCGUAAAGCCGAGCUGAGUACUGUAGCCCAGGGCGCACCGUGCAGCUGAGCCGUUUCCUACUCGAUUCUGAUGCUGAUGGCCUCGUUAAGGCGACUAUUACCUCUUUUCUCUGCUGGCUGCGGGAAGCCCUACCACGGCCAUUUUCAUGGUCACACCACCCGCGGGCAUCCAGAGGUGGCAAACUAAACGAACCCGCGGGGGUCUGAAGGGGGAAACACUUUGUUUCUUAUCACGGGCUAGGCGUGGUUCCCAAGAACAUCCCACCUCCGACUGCGCUGCUGAACCAGUUGUAAUAUCACAUGAUCCAAAUAUCAAGAUUUAACUUUAUCCUCAUAUACAUUUAUGUUGGUAGCUUGUACACAUGUCAGACACAGGACAAUGUCUACAUCGGGCUCACAGCGGUGCACACCGACCAUUGUGCACGUGUUUACGAGUUUAAAAAUAAAACAGCAAAAUAACACCAUAGUGAUUUUGGUCAUGUGCAGAUCCUUUACGCAUCAAUGAAUGUUUUAAUAAAAUUAUGUCUAAACUUUAAAGCAGUAAGCUUUCAUGUUUGCCUUUAUUAUUUUAGAGAUUUUCUUUUAUGUAGCCAUUUCUGCUGGCACACACUUUAACCGUUUGGCAAUUGAAAUUAAAUGCCUAAAACGUUGCCGUAUUUUACAUGUACAACAAAUUGCCAUCUAUAAACUGGGCCGUGCGCACUUCAGUACUCCCCAAGUCCCCCACCCCCCACCCCCCUCGCACCUGUGUGCUUGCCUUCUCCGGCUCCCCGGGGUGAGGGGACCAUUCUGAUAGGACCAAAGGGUUAAUGGGACUGGCCUGCAGGGCAGCCGCCUUCCAGCAUAUAAAGCCUCAGCUUCCAUUAUCACAGCAAACAGCCACCAGGUUCAAGAAGAAGCAGACGGUACAUGCGCCUUUACGCGUGAAUAGGGGCCUUUUUGCUUUUUACGCACGGCGAAUCAUUUAUGUCACUUUGGCAAAGUUGAGUUUGUAGGCGUUUUUGAACACUCCGCGAGUGACCAUGACUCUCUCCAGUGAAUUUGAAGCUUCACAACACGCUGCUUUGCCUCUAGAUGAAGAUGAGAUUGACAUAGUGGGCGAGGAUGAGCCUACCCACGGGCGCUUAUAUCGAAAUGAGUGCUCUACGGACCCCGGCUCCUCAGCAGAAUCUGGUGCUGAAUUUGACUCUUCGGAGCCAGACUCCUCGGGGGAAAGCGAGAACAGUUUCUGCGCAGACGCACCGCUGUCUAGGAAAGCCCAAAGCAGCUCAGUAAAGCCUCCCUACUCCUACAUUGCCCUCAUCACCAUGGCCAUCCUGCAGAGCCCGCUGAAGAAGCUGACGCUGAGUGGCAUCUGUGACUUCAUCAGCAACAAGUUUCCCUACUACAGAGACAAGUUCCCCGCUUGGCAGAACUCCAUCAGGCACAACCUCUCCCUCAACGACUGUUUCAUCAAGAUCCCGAGGGAGCCUGGAAACCCGGGCAAAGGUAACUACUGGUCUCUGGACCCUGCUUCAGAGGACAUGUUCGACAACGGCAGCUUCCUUCGGCGAAGGAAGCGCUUCAAGAGAAACCACCCGGAACUUGGCAAAGACGGACUUGUGUUUUAUUCCAGCUUGAACUGCUAUCGGCCGUACGGGCAACCAUACUGCUUACAGGGCCAGGUAAGCCCCCCGCCCGCUGCUCCUAUCCGGUACAUGCCCCUGCAGGAGGGCAUCAUGAUGCCUCCCUCUUCCUAUCAACUUCUGCCACAUACUCUGAACAGUCACGGGAAAUGCAGUGGGCCUAAAGACUUCAGAGCGCCGCACUGCGCCGAGCCGAAGCCUGGCCCGCAGGCAAAGUGCUCUUUCAGCAUUGAAAGCAUCAUGAGCAAACCCUCUCCCAUCAGUCCACAGAACCCAAAUCCACAGCAGGGCCCUCACGGCGCUCUUGGGUACGGUCAUCUCAUGUCGGGCCCUGCUGCCUCUUUGGUUCCGACGCUCCUGCAAGUUCCUAGGACUCCAUUCUGCCCUCCCGCCAUGCUGAGCACUGCUCCUUUAAUAAAUGAGCAUCUCAGACUCUCUUACCCUCACUGCUGAAGUAUUUGGUUGUAAGGAACAGUGUCUGUAUGUGUGAUGCUACGUGAAGACACGCUGGCGUAGCUCAUUUCUUAAAGAAAUGUUUUAAUUGCAUGAUAUUUAUGUGCGUUGACAUUCAAAGUAAAUCAAUGUAAAUAAGAUGAGUGGUAAUAUAUUUGUUGUGACACUUGCUGCAGUGGAAACUCUUGUUAAUGAAUGUGUUUUUGUUAUUAACGUGUCAAAAUAAAUGUCUUGAAAAUAACUGAUGUUUAUUGUUUAAAGCUCUUUAUUUGCAGUUUGUACAGAAUUAUGUGGGUCGGGGCGCAGUGGAAUUAGCCUAUAAAAGAAAAAUAAUUUAACAACAGUAUGGAAAAAUAAAUCACCUGAUAUUAAGGCUUGUUUUUCCAUAUCGGCUAGUCAAAACAAUUAUUUUUUUCUUUCAUUUGAUUUUCUUAUUUUGAGAGGAACUAAGAAUGUUUCAAAAGAAAGUUUAGUUAAAACAGAAAGCAGACAGUUUAAAGUAUUUAGUUGUCUCCCAAAUUCACUAAAUCUCACCAUUAUCAUAAUUCAAACAAUGCAGGCAUACAUAGCGUUUGUUAUUAGCUACUUAAAUUAGGCUAUUUUUAAAAGUCGACUCGUCCUUAACCCCCGUUUAAAUAAUAUAGGCCUAUUAAAAUCAAUCGUUUGGCUGUUAUGAAGGUCUAAUAAUUGAGAUAAAACGUUGAAAAUAUAAACUUUAAUGUGUUUUUUUUAAACCAGCAAAUCAAUAAGGAUGAUGCCAGCACAUACUUUAAAGUUGCAGGAGAUAACGGUCUAAAAAAAAUGAUAGGCCUACUGUUAUUGUUCACCUUUUCAAAGAAUAGCAAAUACAUCAUCCAUUUAUUUAUUCAUCUUCUUUCAUUUGACACAUUGAAACAUUUGAUGUGUAAGGGAAGCACGAUCCCAUUUCUCAAAAUGAAUAGUUUAAAAUGAUUAACGAAAGUAAAAAAAACAAAACAAACAAACAUUAAAAUAUCUGUUCAGAUAAUAUUUAUUUGUGAGAUGAAACAUAAGCGCUCUUUUUAACCAUAAGAGAAGAAAAGUGCACUUCUUCCUUCCUGCCUCAAGGUCGCACUGUUUACCAAAUAUUGGAGCAGACACAAUGCAGACUGAGAUUUCCGGCGGUUACCUUCCCUACUCCUGACAUGAGAUUGCAAGCUGAAAAUUUCCA